AUGGUGGUAUCCAGCUUCCUUACUUCACUCUGGGAUUGUAUUCAGUGUUGUAGUGUCUCAAAACUCCUCUCAAGUGUUGAGAAAACCACAAGAACAUUAGAAAACAGGCCCAUCAAAAACAUGGCGCCAAGAAAAAAACAGUCAGAUAGUGAACGGUUGAAAAAAAAGAGAGAGGCAGAGAAAAAAAGACAAGAAAAAAUCAAACAGGACCCAGAAAGAUUAAGACAACAACAAAUUAAAGAACAUGAAAAAUACCUUAAAAAGUUGCAAAAGGGUCAAAGAAAAUUAAUUGCUGAUCAAAGUGAUCGUGAAAAACGACAAACUAAGAAAAAAUGGAGGGAUGCUACAAACAAAAGUAGACAAAAGAAAAAGCAGAUUGAAGAAGAAGAGCGGAUUUUGAAUGAAAAUUCUCCACCACCAAGUGAACAUGGUUCACCUGGGCCUGCUGAACCACCUAGACCUGACGGAAGAAUAAACUCAGGAAGAAAAAGGAUCAAAAGAAACAAGACAAAAUGCUAUAGGGAACUGCAAGAGUUAAAACUAAAGUAUAAAAAGUCUACAAAAAAGGCAGAAAGAUACAAAAAGCGUUAUCUGCGACUUUUGAAAUCUAAAGACAAGGAAAAAAAUACUGUUUCAACACCAAGAACAAAAAUAUUUGUGGGAUUACAAAGCUCUUCAUGGAAUUUUUCUGAGGCCGGGCACGGCAAGGGUGCUCCGGACGGUGUUGGAGGGUUCAUAAAACGAACUGCCGACAAGUGCAUAGCACAGGGGUCAGAUAUUAUGAACAUAACUGCCCUACUGGCUAUGCUCAAAGAAAAGUGUCGUAAAAUUGUUGUUUGGAGGAUAAACCAGGAAGAGAUCACUUCUAUAGAGCAAAUGAUUGAAGAAGCAGGAGUUCUUUCUACUGUUCCUGGUACAUUUUUGAUACACCAGGUAUCAUGCAGCAAAGAAAAGGUUGACUAUCGCACUAUGACCUGUUGGAAGUGCGAGCCUGGAGUACGAUGUGAGCAUUACAGUCUGGACAUAAAGAAAAAUGAACAACAAUGUGAACAACAGAAUAAACCGAUAGAAAAAGCCUUAGAUGUUGGCGAUUGGGUAGUCGUCACAUAUGACUCGACAAAUUAUCCUGGCGAAAUAGUUAGUGUGCAAGAAGAAGACAUGACCAUAAAUGCCAUGCACCCAAGUGGGCCAGGUGGUUGGAAAUGGCCACCAAAACCAGAUGUUCACACCUACCCAAAGCAAGAUCUUGUGAGAAGAAUUGAUCCUCCAGUGCCCAGUGGAAGCAGGGCUGAUCAGUUUAUUUUUAAGGACUUGAUUUAA